AUGACGAAGUUUUCGGACCCAAGCCAACUGUGGCUUACAAAUAGCCAUCUCUUCAAGGUGGAGAUUGUGCAAGUGGCGACAGAAACUCAUGAACAACAAGUGGACCCACUCAACGCCAAAAAUGCCAAUGUCUUCAUAAAGUAUAAGGACUGGGACAAGGCUGAUUGCAAAGCUGUAGUUAGAAGAGUGAUCGACAAGCGUACUGGAUUGGUUGAGUCUCUGGAGGAAGACCUUUGA